AUGACUUCGGACUAUCAGUAUAUGCCCCGUUCGCGGCCAGUCCCCGGAGUGGAAUAUCCGCUCACCGUAGCCUAUUGUGGAGAAUGUACUAUGCCAAUAGAAUAUUGUGAGUUUUCAUCAGCUCCUGAUAAGUGUCGCUCGUGGAUGGAGAAGAACCUCCCUGAGGAAUUCGAGCGACUGACAGCUUGUGACGGUGCGCCACCUGCAGAGGCUCCUGCCAAAGGUCGUCAAGUUCGGGGUGGGAAGGGUUCCGCACCUCGCAAGCCAGCUAAACAGAAGAUUACGGUUUUUAAAACAUCUCGUGGGAAAAAGAAGUUCACAACGAGUGUUGUUGGUCUAUCCACUUUUGAAUUUCGGGAUAACUCGGUUGGUAUUCGGAGGACGGUACCGAAGAAGAUUCAGAUGCUUCAGAGCUAUCCGGCUGGCGUCCGGUUGUUUCAGUUGUAUCUGGGUGUUCAGUAUCCCCAUUGGAUUCAGAUAGAUUGCGAACAUUGUCAGUUGUAUUUGGAACCGCUGGGGCUAGACGACGAGGGGACACAGUUUCGACUCUUCCGUCCCGAUGAGCAAUGUGUGCGUAUUGUGGGUCGCAGUUCGUAA